AUGUCCACCUCCACCUCCACUACCACCACCAGCAAGUUCACCCCCGGCCGCCUCUGCCUGACGCUCGUCUCCCUCAAUACAAUGCUGUCGCCCUACCUCGCGGACUGGAACGUCACGCACGUCAAGAACCCAAAUUGGCCACCCCACGCGCGGUUCCACAACGGCCAAACCAUGAGCAUGGGUUUGUGUUUGGGCGUGUUGACCGCGUACUUUACGUGGCGGCCGGCAUUCUCAAUCACGCGCUCGUCGGGCGCGCGGGCUGCGGGCGCGGACGCGGGCGAUGACGGCACGGGCAUGACGGAGCGCGAGAGCGUCACGAUCGCGGCACUCUUGGGCGCGCUUUACUGGGUCACGGCGCUAAGCGCUAUAUUGUACCCCGGGACGGCGUGGGUUGAUCCGGAGUUUGGGACGGGGGCGCCGCAGGUUCCGGUAUUCGUGGCGAGCGCGGUCGUCAGUUGGGUGGGGUGGGGGUUGGAGAUGAGGAGGCUGGGCAGGGAGAGGGCCAAGCAGAAAUAG